AUGAUGUCCGCUCGUGUCGCCCGCUCCGGCCUGCGUGCCGCCCAGCAGUUCUCCGCUCCUCGCGCCGCCGUUAACAGCCUGCGCACCUAUGCCACCCCGGCCCAGGAUGCCAGUGUCAACCCCCCCCGUCGCUCUUACACUGCUUCCUCCAAGUCCUCCGCCCUCGACCAGACCGCCAAGGCCAUCGCCGCCCUCGGCCAGACCCUGAAGGCCGACCCCAAGCUGGGUGCCAUCCUCGGUGCUCCCACCCUCACCCAUGCCGACAAGCUCCAGGUCGUCGCCGAGCUCCAGAAGGUCGCCGGUGCCGACAAGGGUGACAUCCUGAAGAACUUCCUCCUCACCCUGGCCGAGAACAACCGUCUCGGUUCCCUUGAGACCGUCUGCGAGAAGUUCGCUACCCUCAUGAGCGCUCACCGCGGUGAGAUCGAGCUGAACAUCACCUCCGCCCAGGAGCUCGACUCCAAGACCAUCUCCCGUCUCGAGAAGGCCGUUGCCAAGUCUGAGUACAGCCAGGGCAAGAAGCUCAAGAUCGUCACUGCCGUUAACCCCGACCUCGUCGGUGGACUCGUCGUUGACAUCGGUGGCCGCACCAUCGACCUGAGCGUUUCCGCCAAGAUCGCCAAGAUGAACAAGGCUCUGACCGAUGCUUUGUAA